UGCCACCCGUUAUCCACAUCACAAACGCCAAAUUUCAUCUACUGAAUCGAGACCACUUCAGCACAGGCCAUUCUAAUGAUCAAAGAAAUAUCUCCUUGAGAGGCUUUGAGGCACCUCUCUACCCUGGAAGCCACCAUGUACAAGUCGGCUGGAAGGAGCUGCAGAGCGAUGAACGCUACACGCUGUCCUUCCUGGGAAGGGCAGGGAAGCUGAGCCUGUGGACGGAAGCAGGCGGGAAGGGCAAAACCAGCAAGCUGCCGAGGCCGCCUUUGGAGCAGACUCUGGCUGCAGAUCCAAGGCUCAGCCCUGGAUCCGGCUGUAGAUCCAACAGGCCCCGGCAGGAGCUUUCGAGCGAGCGCUGCGGGGAGGCCGGUGCUCCCAGGGGAGGAGCCGCGGGGGCCCGAGGGAAGUACGGCGGGAUGUCGGCCGAGGCAGAAGCCAGUUACUUCAUUUGCUUAAAACUAUUAAAUCCAGAGGGCAGUCUGUGAUCGAGCAGGCAGAUAAAGCGGCACCGAUGGGGACAAGACCCCGGGCGGCGGGCAGGGAGAGGGAGGCGCACAGGGGCGGCGGUGCCGGCUGAGCGCCGGGCGGGGCGCAACCAGGGCCCGGCACCCGGGGCCGUGCGGACCGGCUGCACUCCGGCCGGCGGGCCACGGGCCCGGCGGGGCGGACGCUGGGGCGGGGACAGCCCGCCUAGCCCCGCCCGUGUCCCCCUUCCACCGGCCCGGCCCGGCCCGGCCGAGCAGCGCCGCGACCCCCGCCCUGCGGAGCCGCCUUUUUCCCGCGGCCGCGCCUCCGCCAUGUCGCGGGAGCCCGGCCCCGCCGCGCUGCUGCCGCCGCUGCUGCUGCUGGGGCUGCCCGCGCUCCUGCCGGCGCGGCCCCGCUACGAGCCCACCUGGGGCUCGCUGGACGCCCGGCCGCUGCCCGCCUGGUUUGACGAGGCGAAGUUCGGCGUCUUCAUCCACUGGGGCGUGUUCUCGGUGCCCAGCUUCGGCAGCGAGUGGUUCUGGUGGUACUGGCAGAAGGAAAAGAGAGAGCCCUAUGUGAAAUUUAUGGAGGCCAAUUACCCACCUGGCUUCCGUUAUGAAGAUUUUGGGCCACUGUUUACAGCAGAAUUCUUUGAUCCUAACCAGUGGGCAGAUAUUCUGAAGGCUUCAGGUGCAAAAUAUGUUGUCUUAACUUCAAAACAUCAUGAAGGCUUUACUUUGUGGGGGUCCAAAUAUUCUUGGAACUGGAAUGCUGUUGAUGUGGGACCGAAGCGGGAUCUUGUUGCUGAACUAGCAGCAUCUGUUAGAAACAGGACUGACUUGCAUUUUGGGUUAUACCAUUCCCUGUUUGAAUGGUUUAAUCCUCUCUUCCUUGAGGAUGCCACUAAUGUCUUUAAGACAAGAAAGUUUCCAACCAGUAAAUCAUUACCAGAACUCUAUGAAAUUGUGACCAAGUACCAGCCAGAAAUAAUUUGGUCUGAUGGGAAUGGAAAUGCUCCAGAUACUUACUGGAACAGCACUGGUUUCUUGGCUUGGCUGUAUAAUGACAGCCCAGUCCGAGACACAGUUGUAACCAAUGACCGCUGGGGAGUUGGCAGCAUCUGCACCCACGGCGGCUACUACACCUGCAGUGACCGGUACAACCCCGGUCACCUCCUGCCUCACAAGUGGGAGAACUGUAUGACCAUCGACAGGAGGUCCUGGGGGUACCGCAGGGAUGCGCAGCUCAGUGACUACCUCACCAUCGAGGACUUGGUGAAGCAACUUGUAGAAACAGUGUCUUGUGGGGGAAAUCUCUUGAUGAAUAUCGGGCCCACUCACGAUGGUCGCAUCGCUGUUAUAUUCGAGGAGCGCCUGAGGCAGAUGGGUGCUUGGCUGGAGGUCAAUGGAGAGGCCAUCUAUGGAACAAAACCAUGGAGAGCACAGAACGACUCGGUCACACCAGAAGUGUGGUACACUUUCAGCCCUAAAGAAGGGACAGUCAAUGCUGUCUUCCUUAACUGGCCAGUCUCUGGAAUUCUGGAACUUGGUGAGCCACAGGCUAAGCUUGGAGAAACACAGGUAAAGCUGGCUGGCUACAAGGAACUGCUGAAAUGGGUUGCACUGGGAGAAAAGGGACUGAUUAUAGCUCUACCUCAAUUAACUCCUAAGCAAUUGCCAUGCCAGUGGGGCUGGACUUUACAACUGACUGCCAUAAAAUGAGCCAUACUCUGCUGGAGCCCUGGCUAGCAGGAAAUGCUGAUGUUUUGCUGUUUCUCAUCACUGUUUUUGAACUUACUUGCCUGUAAAAACACCAAUAAAUUCACUUUUUUUAUGAAA